CAUGCGCGUCUUGUCUUGCAGCUGCAGCGUCCAUUUUGCUGAAAAUACAGACUGCUAGCGACGCUCCCCUUAGUGGAAGACAAUUACUGAAUGCUACUUUUUACAACAGGAUCAUAGCAUACUGUACAGGCAACAGCUAUGGCAGAUUUAUCUGCAGACGUUGACGUUCCCGUCAGUGUGGAGAUAAAGAAAUUAUCGGAGUUGAAAGUCAUUGACCUCAAGGCCGAGCUAAAGAAACGAAACCUAGACACGACCGGGGUGAAAAGCGUACUGUCUGAGCGUCUGAAAAAGGCAAUAGAAGAAGAGGGCGGUAAUCCAGAUGAAAUAGUCAUCUCGAUGGAAGCAAACCCGAAGAAGGCGCCUCCUAAAAGGGCUGCUAAAGAUUCAAAGCAAGAAAGUGAACCUGGGGAUGGCAAUGUCGACGAGGAUUUCCAAGAUAAUUCGAAUGAAAACAUGCAGGAGAUGGACAUCCUGGACAUGAACGUGUUGGAUGAGACAGAAGACUAUACCAGGGAUGGAGUUGAGUUGGACACUAUGGAUGACGACAUUUUGAAUUCAGAUCACGGAGAGGGCGAUGGACAGGAUGAGCCAGAGGCUGAUAAAGACAACGAUCCUGCUUUGUCAUCAUUCCACACGGCUGAUGAUCCAGAUGAUAAUGAUGUAAACAGCGGUACAGAAAUUGACAAAGUAGCCGGGUCUUGUUUAUCUGAGCCGAUAAAAGAAGAUGACCAGCCGAGCCAAGAGAUGAGUCCUGAAGAAGACCAAGCUGCCAUCGCCAGCGGAGAGGAAGGCGUUUCCCAACCUGGUUCCAAAGGUGCAACUGCUGCCCUUGAAAAUGUGGAAGGCGACAAGGAGGUCGUGGAGCAGGACACCAAAGAAACUGGGGACAAUGUCAAUGUAUCUGAAGAAACUGUAGAAUCUGAGGACAAAGUCUUAAAGGAUGUUAGCUUAAAUGAGCAGGGGGGUGAGGGAGAAACUGUUGAUUUAGAAAGUGGGGCUAAGAAGGGUGAUGAGGAUGAGAAGACGGAGGACAAAACCGCUGCGGAUUCUGCCUCGACAUCCAAAGGGUCCACUGUAGAGGGUGAACAGACUAAAAGUUCUGAUGAAAAAGAUGCAAAUACAACAUCUAAAGAUGACAAGGAUGGAAGUGGGGCUGCAGCCAGCAGUAGAAAUCUGUGGGUUAGUGGUCUUGCCUCGAGUACCAGAGCGACUGAUUUGAAAACGCUGUUUAGCAAAUAUGGAAAGGUUGUUGGUGCAAAGGUAGUGACAAACGCUAAAAGCCCUGGGGCUCGUUGCUAUGGUUUUGUCACCAUGUCCACCACAGAGGAGGCCACCAAGUGCAUCAGCCACCUCCAUCGAACUGAACUUCACGGCCGCAUGAUCUCUGUUGAACGAGCUAAGAAUGAACCUGCUGGCAAAAAGCCAUCUGACAAGAGUGAUGGAAAGACCAGAAGAAACUCUACUGAUUCAAAGUCUGAGAAGGAUGGAGAAGGAAAAGGGCCUAAUGAAAGGACUGUAGUGAUGGAUUCAUCGAAGGGAGAGCCUGUGAUCAGUGUCAAAGCCAAAAGCAAAGACAGAAGCACAAAGAGCCGUGAUCGCAGUACAUCCAGCAAAGAAAAGAAAGACAUUCUGUCGUUUGAUCAAAUAAUGGAGCACAGAGAGCGGGAGAGGCAGCGUCAGCGAGAGAGGGAGGUCAGAGAAGUGGAGCGGCGGAGAUACACUUUCAAUGACCGAGAGCGGGACAGCAGGCCAGACCGAGAGCGAGACAGACUGCGCAUGUUAAGGGAGCGUGAUGAGAGGACCAGUCUGAUGCGAAAGAGACAUUGGCUGGAGGUUGAGAAACAACGGCUUGAUGCUGACCGCAUGGAGGCUCAGCUUCUGGAGCGUGAAAUGAUGCGUAUUGAAUACGAGCGGCGCCGUGAACAGGAGAGGAUCCUCAGAGAGCGUGAAGAGCUGCGGAGACAGCAAGAGUUGCUGCGCUUUGAGCAGGACCGCAGGCCUUUGAAGAGACCUUAUGAUAUUGACCACAGGAAAGAUGACUGGGCGGAUAAGCGCAUGGCCUUAGACGACCGUUACAGCCGCUCAGACUUAAGUCGGCAGGAUCGUUUCCAUGACUUUGACCAAAGGGAUCGGAGCCGAUACCAGGAUGACAUUGUCGAAAGGAGAGACCACAGGGAUAGAGAUGGACCGCAUUUCUCUGACAGACAUGGAAGAGAUGGUAGAGACUCUUGGAGUGGACGCAUGAACUCAAGGGAUGGUGGAAGGGACUGGGACUCUAGGAAAAUGGAUGGUGACCGAUGGCAAGGUAGAGACAGUGCAG